AUGUCGUCCUCAUUGUAUACCUCACUACUCCCUCGCGAUCCUGUCUAUGGAUUCCCCCCGAAAUCUUUCGACCCCUCCUCUCUUCCAGAUGUCGACACUGAGUUUGUUGACGCGCAAGACUUGGAAGCCUUCGAGAAAGCGUUACAGGCUCCUGAUCCGCUCCAGAACCCGACCGAUGAAGCCGGCGCCCGGUCACCGCGCAGUCCUAGUUCGUUUAGUGUGACAAAGAGGCCUUCGCAGGUUGAGACGGGCCUCGCAGAUGAUGUAGCUGCUGUCGCCGCGGCCGCGGGCGCUGCCUCCGGAGAUCUUCCUGUGCCUCCGACUCCGAGCCAAGGAACUUUUAUAACAGCGCAGAACGAUUGGGCUCCCGUCAACGAGAAGAUCUAUCGCAACCGACGCGGCUCAAGGCGAAAUAAGAGAAAGCGCAAAGGCGGAAAGGGGCAUGUCGAAGGCCUUUUGGGCACGCGAACCAAGGACGAGACCCGAGAAGGGUAUUUAUAUCAACUUUCGAAAUGGCCUUUACUCUUCUUCGUGUUCGCAUGGCUAGCUGGGCUUGCCCUUAUGUAUCUUUCAACAAGACUAUACAUCUGGGUGUAUGAGCACUUUUUCACAUGGCGAGGCCAGCGAGAGAGACUCCGAAGAAACUUGCGAAACGCUUCAAAGCACGAAGAUUGGGUAAGCGCUGCCAAAGAGCUUGAUAACUACCUGGGUCGACAAACGUGGAGGGAAGAGAAUGAUUUCGCAUAUUACGACUCCAAGACGGUUCGAAGAGUAUGGGAGCAGAUGAAGAAGACUAGGCAACGCGCCGAAGAGCAAGAAGGCAAGGGCGAGAAGGGUGACGGAGUCAAGGCAGUGGACGAACUCAAGACUUUGAUUGAGGCCUGCGUCAAGAACAAUUUCGUUGGUGUCGAGAACGCGAGAUUGUAUAGCCAGACCUACUUUGGGACCAAGAAUCUGGUGCAAAACUUUGUCGACGAAGAGGAGAAAUGCGUCAAGUUUUUGGCGAGUACUAAACAGCUCGAGAUGGAACAAAAGCGAGUUCUUUUCAAGCACGUUUACGCCAACUACGGAAGAACAGCAUUGUGCUUGUCCGGCGGCGCAGCAUUCGCCUACUAUCAUAUUGGUGUCGUUCGAGCAUUGUUGGACGCGAACCUUCUACCAGAUGUUAUCACGGGCACCAGCGGUGGUGCCUUAGUUGCGGCUCUGGUAGCGACUCGAACUAACGAGGAGCUUGACCAACUUCUCAUCCCAGCUCUCGCGGAGCGUAUCAACGCUUGUGGCGAGUCUUUUACUACCUGGCUUCCCCGGUGGUGGAAGACCGGAGCUCGGUUUGACUCCGUUGACUGGGCUCAACGGUGUGGCUGGUGGACAUAUGGCUCCCUGACAUUCCGAGAGGCCUUCGAACGUACAGGUCGCAUUCUCAAUGUGACUUGUGUGCCAGCUGAUCCUCACUCGCCAACAAUCUUGUGCAACUACUUGACAAGUCCCGACUGUGUUAUCUGGUCCGCUGUGUUGGCCUCAGCUGCCGUACCUGGAAUUCUCAAUCCCGUCGUGCUCAUGAUGAAGACAAGAGAUGGAUCACUGGAGCCAUACUCCUUUGGACACAAGUGGAAGGAUGGCAGUUUGCGAACGGAUAUUCCCAUCAAGGCAUUGAAUACACAUUUCAACGUCAACUUUACGAUUGUCAGCCAGGUCAACCCGCAUAUUAACCUUUUCUUCUUCUCCUCUCGAGGAUCAGUCGGCCACCCAGUAACACAUCGUAAGGGACGUGGAUGGCGAGGCGGCUACCUCAUGUCAGCGUUUGAGCACUACCUCAAGCUGGAUAUGAACAAGUGGCUCAAGUUUAUCCGCCAUGCUGAAUUGCUGCCGCGACCUCUCGGCCAGGAUUGGAGUCAGCUCUGGCUGCAACAGUUUAGCGGCACCAUCACCAUUUGGCCCAAGUCGAGGAUCUCUGAUUUUUGGCAUAUUCUGUCAGAUCCUGACCCCCACCGACUAUCUCAUAUGAUUCACGAGGGCAAGCAAAGCGCUUUCCCGAAGCUCAAGUUCAUUGAGAACCGACUAAAGAUUGAGCGACUGGUCGAGCAGGGACGGUCAGAUUCACGACCGUGGGCGCGACGGGGCAGCAUCCAGACUAUUCUGAGUGAAGACGAUAUCAGAAAUAUUCUUGUGGAUGACAUGGGCGCCAGCGUAACUACAGAGGAGGAAACGGAUGCUGAGGAUGUUGGUGGGCUUGGGCUUGGCAUGACCACUCUCGAUGAUGGUCCUCUCUAUGAAGAGCCGACAGAGAAGAGCGAUUCAGAAGCAAGCAGGUGA